AUGACAGACCCUGUGUUGGAUUCACAGCCAGCCAGCAGCACUGCAGAGAUGGAUGGACUGUGCUCUGAGUUACUGCUGAUCCCCCCACCUCUCUCUAACCCGGGAAUCCUGGAGCCCGCCCAGGGCCCCUGUACCUCCGGGAACCCCACACCUUUGCCCGCUGACCCGGGCUGCCUGCUGGUGGAGGCCACGGCCACCGAAGAGGACCCUGGGAGCAUGCAGAUCGUGGUAGAAGCAGUCGGUGGAAACCUGUCCUCAGGCGCUGCUGGAGCGACCCCAGCUCCCCAACGGCCCCCAGGAGAGGGACAGCCUUCAGAGGACGCAGGUACACCCUUGCCCAGACAGGAGUCAGCAGAAGAGGAGAACAUGGAGGAAGAGGGAGAGAAUGGCACCCUCAAGGACUCCCAGAAAGCCCCGGAGAAAGGCCAGGGGUCGCAGCAAUUGGAAGGGGAUGUCGCUCCUGGCACCGCUCCUGGCACCGAGUCCCUCUUCAAGACCCACAUGUGCCCGGAGUGCAAGCGCUGCUUUAAGAAGCGGACCCAUCUGGUGGAGCAUCUCCAUCUGCACUUCCCGGACCCCAGCCUCCAGUGCCCCAACUGCCAGAAGUUCUUCACCAGCAAGAGCAAGCUCAAGACCCACCUGCUGCGGGAGCUGGGCCAGAAGGCCCACCGCUGCCCGCUGUGCAGCUACAGCGCCGUGGAGAGGAACGCGCUCAACCGCCACAUGGCCAGCAUGCACGAGGGCGUCGCCACCUUCUACUCGGACACCUACGCCUGCCCCGUGUGCCGGGAGGAGUUCCGCCUCAGCCAGGCCCUCAAGGAGCACCUCAAGGGCCACACGGCCGCGGAGCCGCUGCCCCUGGCCUGCUUCCAGGAGGGCUGCAGCUACGCGGCGCCCGACCGCAAGGCCUUCACGCGGCACCUGCGGGAGCGCCACGGCGUGCGGGCCGUGGAGUGCCGCCACCACGCGUGCCCCAUGCUCUUCGCCACGGCCGAGGCCAUGGAGGCCCACCGCAGGAGCCACUGCGCCUUCCACUGCCCGCACUGCGACUUCGCCUGCUCCAACAAGCACCUGUUCCGCAAGCACAAGCAGCAGGGCCACCCGGGCAGCGAGGAGCUGCGCUGCCCCUUCUGCCCCUUCGCCUCCUUCAACCCGGUGGCCUACCAGGACCACGUGGGCAAGAUGCACGCCCACGAGAAGACCCACCAGUGCCCCGAGUGCGGCUUCGCCACCGCCCACAAGAGAGUGCUCACCCGCCACCUGCUGCUGCACACAGGCGAGAAGCCUCACAAGUGCGAGCUAUGCGACUUCAUGUGCCGAGAUGUGAGCUACCUGUCCAAGCACAUGCUGACCCACUCCGACGCCAAGGACUACAUGUGCGCGGAGUGCGGCUACGUCACCAAGUGGAAACACUACCUCAGCGUGCACAUGCGGAAGCACUCGGGGGACCUCAGAUACCAGUGCAACCAGUGCUCCUAUCGCUGCCACCGGGCCGAUCAGCUGAGCAGCCACAAGCUGAGACACCAGGGCAAGUCCCUGAUGUGCGAGGUGUGCGCCUUUGCUUGCAAGCGCAAGUAUGAGCUGCAGAAGCACAUGGCUUCCCAGCACCACCCUGGCAAGCCGGCCCCGCUCUACCCCUGUCGCUACUGCAGCUACCAGAGCCGCCACAAGCAGGCCCUGCUGAGCCACGAGAACUGCAAGCACACCCGCCUCCGGGAGUUCCGCUGCGCCCUCUGCGACUACCGCACCUUCAGCAACGCCACCCUCUUCUUCCACAAGCGCAAGGCCCACGGCCACCUGCCCGGGGACCAGGCCUGGCAGCUCCGCUGUGCCAGCCGGGAGCCGGAGGAGGCCGGGCAGUGCCCCGCGCCCCCAGGCGCCGAGGCCUCCGGCCAGCUGGCGGCCCGGACUGCGGAGCAGGACCACAGCCCUGGGGCCGGGGCGGACCCCAGCGUGGACCACGCUCUGCCGGGGGCCAGUGAGGAGGCCGGUGCCGGGAGCCAGGAUGGCAGGGAGGUGCCCCGAGGGGAUGGCCUGGUCAGCAGCCCCAGUCCGGCGGCGGCCGAGGUGGAUGAGGGCAGCUGCACACUGCACCUGGAGGCCCUGGGCGUGGAGCUGGAACCCGUGGCCGAGCCGCCUCUGGGGGAGAUCGCUGACACGGCCGCCGUGGAAUUCGGGCCCCUGCGACUGGAAGGGCCAGGUGGGCCUCUGCCAGAGCUGUCUGCCUUCGAAGGUGCUGGCGCUUCUAGCAUGGGUGCUGGAGAAGAGCCCGUUCUGGAAAAGCCAGUCCCUGCGCCCCCCAGAAAUCCUCCUUCCUCCGAGGAGCCCCCCAGCAGCUGGGUGGGAACCUUCAAGCCCACACCGCCCGCUGAGACGGCACCCCUGCCCCAGCUGCCUGAGUCGGAGUCCUUGCUCAAGGCCCUGAGGAGACAGGACAAGGAGCAGGCAGAGGCGCUGGUCCUGGAGGGGCGGGUUCAGAUGGUGGUCGUACAGGGCGCGGGGCAGGCCUUCCGCUGCCCACACUGCCCGUUCGUUACCCAGCGGGAGAAGGCCCUGCGCCUGCACUCCCGGACUGGGUGCCAGGGCCGCCAGGAGCCCCUGCGGUGCCCUGAGUGUGGGGCUCAUUUCAAGCAGCAGCGCGGCCUCAGCACCCACCUGCUGAAAAAGUGCCCUGUUUUGCUCAAAAAGAACAAGGGAUUGGCCAGAACAGAUUCUCCUGUCCCUCUGCACCCUCUGCCCCCGGGCACCCCCACCGCAGAGGCUGCGGAAGGCGGGGAGCCCCCGCCUGCACCAUCAGAAGCAGAGGCGGUGCUCCCAAAAGGUGCUCCGGAGCUUCCUGGGGAACCAGAGGAAACGGACAGGUCUCUGGCCACACGCUCCGGCGCCACAGAACUUCCUGCCGCAAACCCCUCCUCCCCAGAGGCCCCCGAGAAGUUCCACUUUGAACAGGGCAAGUUCCACUGCAACUCCUGCGUGUUCCUCUGCUCCCGGCUCUCCUCCAUCACCUCCCACGUGGCCGACGGCUGCCGGGGGCUGCGGGGCGGAGCGGGAAGGCGAGGGGCCGCCCCGGCCCAGCCCGUCGCGUCCCCGCCGAGGCCUGGGGACCCCGCUCCCCUAAGCAGCGGGGGCACCGAGGGCGGCCCCGGGGCCGGGGGUCCCGCUCCGGUUCCGAAGCGGAAGGGGGCCCGCUUUUCCUGCCCCACCUGCCCCUUCCGCUGCCAGCAGGAGCGCGCCCUGAAGACUCACCAGGCCCGCGGCUGCCCCCUCGACCGGCCCGGGGAGCUGCGCUGCGGCCUCUGCGCCUUCACCGCCCCCGGGGCCGCCGCCCUGAGGCUGCACCAGCGGCGCCGGCACCCGCCCGCCGCCCCGGCCCGCGGCCCGCGCCCCCCGCUGCGCUGCGGGGACUGCGGCUUCGUCUGCAAGCAGAGCCGGAGCCUGCGGCAGCACCGGCGGCUCCAGCACGAGGGCGUGAAGCCGCACCAGUGCCCGUUCUGCGGCUUCGCCACCACCCGGCGCUACCGGCUGGAGGCCCACCAGUCCCGGCACACGGGCGUGGGCCGCAUCGCCUGCGGCUCCUGCCCGCAGACCUUCGGCACCAACUCCAAGCUGCGCCUGCACCGGCUGCGGGUGCACGACAAGACGCCCACCCACUUCUGCCAGCUGUGCGACUACAGCGGCUACCUGCGCCACGACAUCGCCCGCCACGUGCGCAGCUGCCACCAGGGCCCGCUGGCCGUCGCCUGCCCGCAGUGCGAGGCCCAGUUCAGCUCGGAGACGGCGCUCAAGCAGCACGCGCUGCGCCGGCACCCGGAGCCCCGGCCCGCGGCCCCGGCCCCGCACCCCGGCCCCGGCCCCGGCCCGCGCGGGCCCCGCUGCCGGCCGCCGCGGCUGCAGUGCGGGGCCUGCGCGCAGGCCUUCCCCAGCCGGGCCGCGCUGGACGAGCACCGGCGGCGGCAGCACUUCGGCCACCGCUGCCAGCUCUGCGACUUCGCGGCGCGGGAGCGCGGCGGGCUGGUGAGGCACUACCUGCAGCGGCACGAGGAGCCCGCGGGGGCGGAGGGGGGCGCCGGCCAGCCCCCGCUGCGCUGCCCCCUGUGCGACUUCGCCUGCCGCCACCAGCUGGUGCUGGACCACCACGUGAAGGGCCACGGCGGCACCCGGCUCUACAAGUGCACCGACUGCGCCUACAGCACCAAGAACCGGCAGAAGAUCACCUGGCACAGCCGCACCCACACCGGGGAGAAGCCCUACCGCUGCCACCUCUGCCCCUACGCCUGCGCCGACCCCUCCCGCCUCAAGUACCAUAUGCGGAUCCAUAAGGAGGAACGGAAGUACCUGUGCCCUGACUGCGGCUACAAGUGCAAGUGGGUCAACCAGCUCAAGUACCACAUGACCAAGCACACAGGACUGAAGCCGUACCAGUGUCCCGAGUGUGAGUACUGCACCAACCGGGCCGAUGCCCUGCGCGUGCACCAGGAGACCAGGCACCGGGAAGCACGGGCCUUCAUGUGUGAGCAGUGCGGCAAGGCCUUCAAGACACGCUUCCUGCUGCGCACCCAUCUCCGCAAGCACAGCGAGGCCAAGCCCUAUGUGUGUAACGUGUGCCACCGUGCUUUCCGCUGGGCCGCUGGCCUGCGCCAUCACGCCCUCACCCACACCGACCGCCGCCCCUUCUUCUGCCGACUCUGCAGCUACAAAGCCAAACAGAAGUUCCAGGUCGUCAAGCAUGUGCGCAGACACCACCCUGACCAGGCAGACCCAAACCAGGGCGUGGGCAAAGACCCCACCACCCCCACAGUGCACCUGCAUGAUGUGCAGCUGGAGGACCCCAGCCCUCCGGCUCUUUCUGCUCCCCCGACUGGACCUGAAGGCUGA